CUAAAGGAGACAAGAAAGAAAGCAGUGAAGCUCUUUUCCUUCUUCAGAGAAUUCAAACAGCUCUUAUCAUGGCUGACACUUAAAUCCUUCUGGCUCAUUUCACUCAGUGAGGAACCUUCCUGAACACAAAGACUAUUGGACCGGAGCCUUUGACUUUGGUUCUUUCUAAAUUGAGUUCCCUGCAAAUGUUGAAAGUGAAACCUGAUUAGAUUCAAUAAAGGAUUCAAAAGGAAUCAGAUGGUGGAUUUGGACUGAAUCAGAUGAAUCAAAUCCCAACCCUCCAUGUGAACAGAAACACCAAACUGUGUCUGAGAGUGAUGUAAUGUCCAUGUUUGCAUGCUGAAAGAGGAUGUGCUGGUCUGACCCCCCUCCUCCUUUCAGGGUGGAGCCUGCUGGAGUCCGAUGGUUGGGUCCAGGUCUGAGGAAGUAUUCCUGUGAACUCACAGUCGACACAAACACAGUACACAGAAAGAUCAAACUGUCUGACAACAACAGGAAGAUGACACGUGUGGAGGAGGAUCAGUCAUAUCCUGAUCAUCCAGACAGAUUUGACCACUGGUUUCAGCUGCUGUGUGGAACUGGUCUGACUGGUCGCUGUUACUGGGAGGUCGAGUGGAGCGGAGGAGUUCAUAUAUCAGUGAGUUACAGAAGAAUCAGAAGGAAAGGAAACAGUGAUGACUGUGUGUUUGGAGGAAAUGAUCAUUCCUGGAAUCUGUUCUGCUAUGAAGGUGGUUACUCUGUCUAUCACAAUAACAUAAGAACAUUCACCUCCAUCGUCUCCUCCUCCUUCUUCUCCCCCUCCUCCUCCUCCUCCUCCUCGGUCUCUAACAGAGUAGCAGUGUAUCUGGACUGUCCUGCUGGCUCUCUGUCCUUCUACAGAGUCUCCUCUGACACACUGAUCCACCUCCACACCUUCAAUGCCACAUUCACUGAACCUCUUUAUCCUGGGUUUGGGUUUAGGUUCUGGUUGCCUGGUUCUUCAGUGUCUCUCUGUGGUCUGUAGGACGGAGAGUCUCCUCCUGUUGGACAAACAUUGUCUCUGCUGAACAGAUCAGUUGAGUGUGUCCAGGAUCACACAGCUGAUGUUCUUUCUGUCCCACACCAUGUGUCCCUGGUUAGAUUGGAAAAUAGAUGGAAAAUGUAUAUUCCAUGAUUGUGUGUUCUUUUCUAACCAUAUAUAUCCAUGUUUGAUCUCAGUAAUAUUACUGUGUGCCUUAUAGUCUGGUUUGGUUUUCCUCUGGACCUUGCUCUUAGAAAUCUUUCUCUCAUGUAUGAAGCUGUUUGUAGCAGUAGUUGUUGGAUGUAUAAACAUGACCUUGGUCCACACGGUCCAGCAGAGCUUGUUAGUGAGGUCUGACAGCCAUGAGCAUAUUCCAUUGUAGCCACCAGCUACAGUUAGAUAAGUAAAUCAUAAUAAUGACGAAUCCUCCUUAGACGUGUAUAAGAAUCAGCGUGGGACGCCCCACCCUGAACAUUUUCUGCACUGUCUUGUGCAUUUGUAGAACUGUUCCUCUUGCAAG